CCCCAUGUUAGCAUCUAGUGGCUAGCUCGUUAGCAGCCACAGGGAACGAGGCAGCAGAGCACCGAGAGACCUGUUCAUCUGUUCCUCAGUCAGACACCACCACCACCCACCGGAGCCACAGACUGACUGUCCGCCCGGCCACUCAACUCGGUCAGUGAAGUCCAGAUGCAUGAGUCUGGGUCAGAACCAACAAGCCACAUCAUUCCAGCAAGUCACACAGAGAACGGGAAUAAUAGUGAGAAUGAAAUCCGAGUGAGGAGCAGUCAGACUCCUCCUCCAGAGGCACCAAGGUUUCCAGUGUCUUUAUCCAUGAUGACCCCACCAGCAGAGGCCCCACAGCAGUUACAACAGACGCCACAGCAGCAGGUCCUCAGUCCCCAGCAGCUCCAAGCGCUGCUCCAGCAGCAGAAAGCACUCAUGUUACACCAGCAACAAAUUCAAGAGGUCUUCAAGAAUCAGCAAGAGCAGCUAAAUAUCCAGCUGCUGCAACAGAAGAAUGCUGGGAUUGUUAGUCAAGAGCUGACAGCCCAGCAGAUUGCCAUCCAGCAGCAGCUCCUUCAGGUGCAGCAGCAGCAUCUCCUCAACCUGCAGAGACAAGGCCUGCUGUCUGUCUUUCCCACCAGCCCCAUUACACUCACAGGCUGUGAGAAUGGUAGCAUCCUGUGCGCUGGUGGAGACACCAGAGAGUCUUCCAGUCAACAAUCCACCACCAACGGUCAUCACGCUCUUCUGAGGAAAGAAAGUGGGUCGCUGGAUGAAAACACACAGAACAGCCACGCACUGUAUGGAAAUGGCAUGUGUAAAUGGCCUGGCUGCGAGACUGUCUUUGGAGACUUUCAGGCAUUUCUCAAACAUUUGAACGGUGAACAUAUACUGGAUGACAAGAGCACAGCACAGUGUCGUGUGCAGAUGCAGGUGGUCCAGCAGUUGGAACUGCAGUUGAAAAAGGACAAAGAGCGACUGCAAGCUAUGAUGGCUCAUCUAAAGUCCUCUGAACCCAAACCCGCAGCGCUGCCUGUGAAUCUGAUGUCGAAUAUAUCCUUCUCCAAGGCAACAUUGCCCAAAGGCCCUCCUCCUAUGAGUUUGUCUCAGAGUGCCACGGCGCCAUCCACACCCCUGACGCCGCUCUCUGAAUCCCCCUCAGUCCUCACUCCCAAUAGCAUGUUCACUGGAACCCCUGUAAGAAGGCGAUAUAGUCGCUCUGUGAGCCAAGGUAACGAUAUAGUUGAUAAUAAGGAGUUCUACUUGAGCACAGAAGUUCGACCUCCAUUUACAUAUGCGUCUCUCAUAAGACAGGCGAUAUUUGAAUCACCUCGCAACCAGCUGACAUUAAAUGAAAUCUACAACUGGUUCACAAGAAACUUUGCAUAUUUCAGGCGCAACGCAGCCACUUGGAAGAAUGCCGUCAGACAUAAUCUCAGCCUCCAUAAAUGCUUCGUACGUUUGGAAAAUGUGAAGGGAGCCGUGUGGACGGUAGAUGAGAUCGAGUUCCAUAGGAGACGGCCCCAGAAGGCUGCUGGUAAUGGGUCUCCGCUGAAGAACUCACAGAAUCUUCAGAGCCUAGCUGGGUCUGCUCUUCAGAGCGGCGGUCUCGACGGCAACAGCUCUUUCUACAACCCGGCCUCUAUGGGCAGCAUCCCGUUUCACUCCCUGCCUCACGUUCUCCAAGAGCAGAUGAACGGAGCCCUCGCUAACGGAUCCGGAUACCAAAGUGACAGCAGCGCGACGCAGUCCCCUCCGCAAGCUUUCAUUAAAGAGGAGCAGGAGGACGAGGAGAUAGGCGAAGGUUACCCCUACGAGUCUCCGGAGAGCACGGACGAGCACGGCCACAGCCCGGAGACGAACCACGACGAAGACAACGGCAGCCCGGAGAGGCUCAAUCUUCACUUCGAUCGCGUGCCUUCUCUCUGACUGUGAGGUCCAUAUCCUCCGCUCACAGCCCGUGUGACUUUGUGUUCCCAAAAAAACAACUGUUUCAUCUACGUAACCAAACAUUCUUCUUCUUCUUCUACUUCUUCUUCUUGGGGACAUUUUUAUCAGCAUUUCUUAUUUUAUUUUUUGUUCUAAAUCUAGCUCUCAAUUCUCUCUGUACAGUAGAGUGACACAUAAAAACGCAUCUGUUCAUGAUUUGUCUUAUUUUAUACAUAUAUGUGUGUACACAAAAGGACCAUGAUGAGCAGAGAAGCCAAAGGAAAGGGAACAUUGAUAGUUAGCACUUCAGAAAUGAAAAAUCCCCCCUACCCUCCUCCCCCCCUGUGUGUAGCUACUUUAUGCUAUGUUGGGGCCACACUACCUGAUUUUAUUUUAGUAGUCAUAAUAUAUAUAUACAAAUUUGUAGAGGUAAAAAAAAAAAAUGUUGCUUUAAAAAAUGUUCACUGCCAACAUGCUCUGAUAUAUUUGUAUUUAAGGUAUAAUCGAUUGAUCAAAAGUAGCUUCUUUAUACUUGUCGGUCUUUUUCACCCCUUCCACGAACAUUGCUGAAUUCGCUCUGAUUGAGCUUGUAAGAGUAGAAAAUAUAGAUUUACCAUUAUUGUAAACCGAUGCAUCUCUAUGGAUAAUAAAUCCCUCAUGAAAAAUGUG